AUGUCACAACUCAGACCCAGAGAUUCCAGUGCUGGGAAAUCUUCUUCCCCUCGAAGGACAGAUAGAAAUCCUGAAUCUAUCGACGUCAACUCUAAGGGGGGUUCUGAAGGGAUGACUUCCGGCCUUGUCCCAGGUACAGCACCUCAUAAGGAAGAUGAAACUGAAGCAGAGGAUGAUAUUGACUGUGGAAGGUUAAUUACCUCCAAGUCGCUGGCUACCAUGCUGACAACGGCGAGCAUGUAUGCCGGGGUGUCCCAAUUGGAUGAUGAUGCUAUUGAGAGCAGCGCUCUCGAUGAGCCAAUUCCAUAUGUUCCAUACGAAGAGGAUGCUGAAAGCGUAAUGUCAGAAUCUACUGUUGGUGUUGACACAGUCAGAGACACAGACUCUUCAGAACAAAUAAAUCCAGAAAUUGAUGGCCUGGUUGCUUUGAGAAAGAAACAACAACACACCCUUUCCAAGUUUGAACUCUCUGUUGUUCGGAAACGAUGUUCCCAACUGAGUCUGGCUGGCUCCAGUUCAGGUUCGACGCGCAGGAACAGUUUCACUUUAGACAAUAAUGAAACUACGAGAGCUGUGAAACUCUGCGAAAAACUGAAAACCACCUUUGAUUUGUCUGACGAUGACGAGUUUGUGAAUGAUUACCCUUGUUGGCUGUUGCAUGAAGUCUUCCUUCAAGGUCACAUCUACAUCACAUCUAGAUACCUGUUAUACUUUGCAUUUCUUCCGAAAAGAGACUCCACUGUGACCAUGUCUGGUGCCUUGUCCAUCAGAAGCUCCACAACUAUGAGAUUUUCUGUCCGACGCUGGGCUGUAUUGAAGGGUAACUACUUUCGUCUAUACGCCAAUUCCACAGAACGGUAUUUUCCUUCACUUAAUAUUGAUUUGCGUUUCUUGUUGAAAGUAGAAUUGUCAAAUCCUAACCUUGAGGAAAAUAAGCCUACCGUUUUCAAGUUAAUCACAGAAGCACGUACUCAUUAUUUUCAAGCAGAUUCCCUAGACAAUGCUAGAUCUUGGGUAACUGAUCUCAGAAAACAUAUAUUUACAGCCAAGAAUAGCGGUGGUCAUGUCACCAUCAAAGUACCGCUGGAGAACAUACUGGAUUUAUCAAUUGAGACACUUUUUGAAGCAUCUCAAACUUUGAAACUUAAAGUCUUGGAAAGUGAAGAAUCUUAUGCUAUUGACGACUACUAUUUUAUGUUUUUCAACAACGGAGACCAGGUUCUAGAUAGCAUUCGGCAAUCCAUGAAAGCCCUAGGGAUCGAACUUACAGAUUCUGAUAGUUCUGAAAGUGAUAGUGAUGUCUCUGGCUCAGAAACUAAUGGUCGAUCAACUCAUCGAAAAUCAAAGCUUUCUCGUUCCUUGAGUGUGUUAACACCUAUUCCGAGGGGCAUUGGAAGUAUUUAUAAGCCAAUCAAAAGUUCAGCUAGUGGCAUCAUAGGGGCUAUCAAAAAGCCGCAGAAAUCAGCUACACGUCCUUUUUCGUCAGUAGUAGAAACAGUUGUUCCGAAUGACAAUGACUCCGAGUUGAAACAAGAUCAUGCCGGGGACGCUCCAAAGGAUUCAGAAGAACCUUCUACCAAGCCAAGUAAUUGGAGUGCAAAAUCUCUGGUCCAAGGGUUCUUGAGUACUACUUCUUCUAUCAGUCAAAGUAUGCUCUUUGCUUCCCCUAUGCAUUACAACAAUCAGCUAUUUAUUGAGCGAGGUGAAGAGGACCCUUAUUUUGUUACCAAUAAAGAGGAAAGAGAAGUUGCACAGUCCAGAUUUCGAAAGCAUUUUUCCCUUCCUGAUUCAGAGGAGCUACUGGCUAGUUACUUCUGCCAUUUUCAAAAAAAUAUACCUGUAUACGGCAAAGUAUACCUAGGAACAACUUGCAUUUGCUACAGAUCUUUAUUUCCCGGCACAAACACAACUAUGAUACUUCCAUACUCCGAUAUUGAGAAUGUUUAUAAUUUGAAGGGCUUUAGAUUCGGGUACUCUGGGCUUGUCAUUGUUAUACGUGCGCACGAGGAAUUAUUUUUUGAAUUCGGUUCUAACGAAAGCCGGGAUGAUUGUGACCUGUUCCUGCUAAAGCAAUUAGAUUUUACAAAAUCACAUAAGAAUGCUCAUUCAGAACAAAAGAGGAAACGCAAUGAUAGUAUUAAACUAGCAGAAUCUGUCCAACUUGCCGACGCAAGACUCAGGUAUUUUGAAACUCGAAUAGAGUCUGAUAUAGGCAGGGAGGUUCCCAUAAUACUGGAGGAAAACCAGUAUUCUACGUCAGAAAUUAGAUCAAAGAGGAGGUACAAAUUUGUGCUAUUAACUAUUGGUUCUCGAGGAGAUGUACAACCCUAUAUAUCUUUGGCGAAAGGUUUACUUGCAGAGAAUCACAAAGUCAAGAUUGUGACCCAUGAAGAGUUCAAACCUUGGGUAGAAAGUUAUGGUAUCGAAUUCGCAACAAUUGCAGGUAACCCAGCGGAGCUUAUGUCAUUGAUGGUAACUCAUAAGUCAUUAAGUGUAGGGUUUUUGAAAGAGGCUAAAGAAAAAUUCACUGGCUGGAUUGGAGAGUUAUUGCAAAGCUCGUGGGACGCAUGUCAGGAUGCUGAUGUGCUUAUCGAAUCGCCUUCCGCAAUGGCAGGUAUCCAUAUCGCAGAGAAGUUACAAAUUCCCUAUUUCCGUGCUUUUACAAUGCCAUGGACACGAACUAGAGCGUAUCCACAUGCAUUUGUGGUCCCAGAACAGAAAAGAGGAGGUUCUUACAAUUAUCUCACGCAUAUAAUAUUUGAGAAUGUCUUUUGGAAAGGUAUUUCAGGAGAGGUGAAUAAAUGGCGUGAGCAAGUCUUAAUGCUUCCAAAGACCAAUUUGGAGAGAUUGGAACAAAACAAGGUACCAUUCCUGUACAAUGUGUCUCCCACGGUUUUUCCACCAUCUAUGGACUUUCCUCAUUGGGUUAAGGUAGUUGGAUAUUGGUUUUUGGAUGAGGGGGAGGCAGAUAGUUAUGAUCCUCCUAAGCCAUUGCUGGAGUUCAUGGAGAAGGCUAAGACUGAUGGUAAGAAAUUGGUAUACAUUGGAUUUGGAUCCAUUGUAGUUAGUGAUCCCAAACAACUGACUGAGGCUGUAAUCGACGCGGUGCUCAGUGCUGAUGUGAGGUGUAUUCUAAAUAAAGGCUGGUCAGAUAGGUUAGGUAAGCAGACGGGAGUGGAGGUUGAACUACCUGAAGAGAUUUACAAUUCAGGAAACGUUCCUCACGAUUGGUUGUUUGGCAAAAUCGACGCGUCCGUUCAUCAUGGUGGAUCUGGAACAACAGGUGCAACACUCCGCGCUGGAAUCCCCACCAUCAUCAAACCAUUUUUUGGAGAUCAAUUCUUUUAUGCCAACAGAGUAGAAGAUAUUGGAGUGGGUAUAGGGCUGAGAAAGUUAAACAGUAAGUCACUUUCCAAAGCUAUCAAAGAGGUAACUACAAACACUCGUAUCAUAGAAAAGGCUAAAGAAAUUGGAAAGCAGAUCCAGUCAGAAAACGGUGUCUCUGCAGCCAUUCGUUGCCUCUACCAGGAGAUGGAAUACGCCAAGAAACUUUCCAAGAGCAAGCAGAAAUACUGGGACAACCAGAGCGAAGAUAUUAGCGACGACAGCGUAAGCGGAUCAUGGUUUGAAGUGUAA